GGACGCAGCCGGGCGGCGAGGCCCUGGGGCACGGCCUGCCGUGCGACCCUGGCAGAACCGGUCGACCGGAGAGCUCUUCUGCAAGCCGGGCUUCCUCGUGCUCGGGUGCCAACGAUGCGGCACAUCCUCCCUCUACAGGGCCAUGACGCAGCACCGGCAGAUCAAGUACACGGGCCGGAAGGACACCUUCUUCUGGAAGACCAGCAGGCCGGGCGUGGACCUUGCCAGGGAGAGGUGCAACACGAAGGACGUCGAUUCGUACCUCGGCCUCUUCAAGGAUGUGCCCGCCCCUUCGCGGCAAGGGUCCACGGCGGGCGCCCUCACUGGCGAGUUCAGCGGGACGCUCUUCGGGUGCGCCUGCUGCGCCGCCAAGCUGAGGGACAUCUUGCCCCAGGCAAAGAUGGUCGUGAUGCUGCGGGAGCCGAUGGGGCGCGCCGAGUCGCGGUGCCCGGGACUCGACCUGGUCGGCCUACAGGGAGGCGCAGGUGCCGAAGCUGCAGGCCUGCCUCGAAAGGGCCGGGCGUGACGCGUU